AUGGAUGCAACGCAGCCGCUAACUACGGAGAGUAGUCCACGGUCCCCCUACCACCUCGCUACCACAUACUCCGUGGCUUCAGAUAGUAUACGAUUAUCGGGUGUAGGAGAAGCCCGGAAUCUGGAUCCGACCCUUGACUUCCACGACUCGGACGAUGAUAUACCCAUGAAUCGUCCAGUCAUGCAUCGACCUGCGGAAACCCGCUCUCAACAACCACUGCUCAAAGAUGAGCGCCGGGGACGGCUGUCGAACGGCAGCCUGGGCAAUGGUGACGCAGAAGGCAGGCCUAUGCUUCACCAUUCACGACGUCCCACCAUUCGCAGUGGUAGUCCAGAGCACAGCGCGGAGCAGGCGACGCGUCAGAAAUACCUGAUUGCGUCGGGUUUCCUGCUCCUGAGCCUGGCUAGUUUUGUCGUUCAGACCGAGACCGCGGUCUACAUCCAGCACGAGCUACAUUGGGACAAACCAUAUUGUAUGCUUUACCUCACACAUGGCUCCUGGGCACUUUUGUGGCCUUUCCAGCUCCUUAUACUUCGCUUGCAGAAACGCAAACUCUCUUGGGCGGCAUUCUGGCGGCGCCAUGUCUACCUCCUUCGGACGACAGCGAAAAUGGUGGAGACUCAGGACCUACACCUUACCUCCCGUGAUUCUCAUAGAUCGCCUAUUCCCUACAUGCUCAAGACGACGGCAUUCGUUACCACCGCUCUUACAAUUGCUGGAGGCUCUUGGUACGUUGCGGUUAACAUGACUACACCGAGCGAUCUGACGGCUAUCUACAAUUGCUCCGCUUUCUUCGCGUACGCUUUCUCGAUUCCGCUCUUGAAAGACAAACUGCGGGGCGAUAAGAUAAUCGCGGUCGUGGUCGCCAUCAUCGGAGUCCUCGUUGUGGCAUACGGUGGUCGAAACGACGGCAAGAAGGGCGAAGGGUAUGACGAAGCGGAGAACCGAUUGCUAGGCAAUAUUAUCAUAGGAGUUGGCAGUGUUCUGUACGGCCUGUAUGAGGUUUUAUACAAGCGAUUCGCUUGUCCCCCGGAGGGUACCAGCGCUGGACGCAGCAUGAUCUUCGCAAAUACCUUUGGCAGCCUUAUUGGAUGUUUCACACUCCUCGUUCUGUGGAUCCCCUUGCCAUUGCUUCACAUAAUCGGUCUUGAAACGUUCCGCUGGCCGACCGGAGAAGCUGCCUGGAUGCUCAUGAUCUCCGUCCUUGCUAAUGCCACUUUUUCGGGAUCUUUCCUUGUCUUGAUCUCCCUAACUUCGCCCGUUCUGUCUUCCGUGGCCGCCUUGCUCACGAUAUUCCUGGUUGCGAUCGUCGACUGGCUUCGCACAGGCCAACCCCUUUCCCUGGCCUCAAUCAUCGGCGGUGUGCUCAUAAUCGUGGCCUUCUUCCUCCUCAGCUGGAGCACUUACCGCGAGAUGAACGAGGAGCAGAAGAAGGUCAUGGCCAAUGAGCAGACCGAAUCCGACUCCGAUGAUUAAACAUACACUUUCUCCCUAAAGGGCUGCCGCAUCAGAUUAUCCCGACAUGCAUAUACAAUCCAUUUGCCUUCCGCUGGCAGAGACGGGCUUCUGGUUUUUGUCCCCUUCAUUUCCCCUUCCAAAUUCUCCUGGUGCGUGAGAUACGGUCACAUAAUAGUGUUCGUUCCUUUGUACAAGUCACUUCCCCGUCUUUCCUUCCGUAUCUGUCUUGGGUUAUAGAGGCCAUGUCUGCAUCUAAAGGAGUUUGUUUCUCUUUCCACCUUGUUUGUUAUAUACAUCACAUAGACUUAGCCACGCCACGGUCUGUCCGAAUUAGUCUGGGAACCUGUUUGAUUUCGUGGAAUAUCUAUUUUGUGAUUCUAGCAG